UGUGUGUGUGUACUAUUAUAUGUUGGGAGUGUUGUGUGCGCGCGCGACAAGUAUCCACGCGUAAAAAAACUAUUAAUUAACUACAUUACUUUAUAAAAAUAAUACAUCUCUACAAUACAAACUCAACAAUAUCGAUCCACUGAAGCGUUUCGCAUUUACGUAUUGUUAUGUUUCGAAUACGAUCAGCUGUGUGACAACAUGGCGGGCAUGCCGUUUAUCGUUCGGGCGAUUUAAAAAUUAAAUAUAAGAUUUAGAAACGGAGCCACGCAGUUAUAUGUAUUCACUGGCAGCGUAAACAAGGUUAUGGCGUCAAUCGGCUGAAUUUGUGAUAAUAGAAAUGUGAUAGAGAAUCUGUCCUCAACCAUAUAUUUCUUCACGUCGCUUAUUGCGGUUUUACAUUGUGAAUCAUCGGUAAAACUACUUCCAUUGAUAUAUAGCGGGAGAUACUGCAACGCGUGUUUUCAACUACCAUUGCAUCAUUCGAUGACGGAAGUAUCAAAAUCAUUUACAAUCAAUUUUAUUCUCAUCAACUGCAGCUUAAGGAUGACCAACCCUGAAGUUCUGUGAAAAAAGCUAACGAGCAACCAAUUUGUGCUUUAUUACGUAUGCCACGUAUUGAACGAAAAUGCAUUUGGACUGAGGUAUAAAAGCGUUUCGAGCGGAUAUGCGUUUUAAAAAUUAUGUUUUUGCGUCGUGAAUGUAAGAACAUAGUGAAACCGACUACGGAAAAUUAAUACGACUUAAAUUUAAUCGGCAACGGCUGAAGAAUAAAGAAAAGUUUAUGCUUUUCGGAAAGGAUACAAUGUGCUAAUUUAUCAUAAUAAUAUACCGUAUAAUCGCGAGCGCUCGGUAUGUAGAUAACGAGACAAGAUAACUGUCUUAAAUUUUCGAGAUAUCAUGACAGCUUGAAUGGCAAAACAAGAACAUUUUAUUCCUUUACAAGUUGUAUAUCGCGCAUGUAUAUGUAUAUUCGUGCACACACAUUGGCAUAUCUAUAAAUUCUCUUCUGUGAAAUCUGCUAGUCAGUUUUUUCGAGAUCACGCGACAAAAACUGGCUGCUUUAAAGAUGAGUUUAUUAAAAUCUGCACGAUUAUAUAAGAGAAUCUUUGAGAAAUCUUGAAUAAAUAUCUGAAAAAUUUAAUUUACGUUUCAAACAAAUUGUGAAGUUCGUUAAUUGUACAUUUGUGUGAAUAUUCAAAGCGCCAACAAGCGGAACAAGUGUGCAUAGUAAAAUAAUAAAAGAGAAAAAAAUAGGCAUAGCCACAUCAAAAUGAUAAAUAAUCAGCAUUGUGUGAUUCUCAAUACUGGUGAGACCAAUAAUUAUCAUCAACCGGUCUCGGCUAAACCCUCUGUUGUCUCUGUAUCAAGUAUCGAUUCUGAUGUCAGCGACAGAAGGGAUGUACGUGAAGAAUUAUAUGCCGGAAUUUUUAGGAGGCACAGAAAAACUAUACUGGUAUUAGGCAGUUUUCUUAAGAUGUUAAGAAAAUAUUUGGACAGAUUGCACGCUUUGAGCCGAGUAUACGCCUUAAUUGCUUUAAGAUUUGAAAUGCAAAAAUAUUGGUAA